ACUGUCUCUAUCUCCGGUGGAGCGCCUCCACCGGUAAAACUCUCCGGUGAUCGUUCCGAUUAGGUGCUCCGAACCUUUUCCGUUCGCUGAAGCUAUCGCAGAUUCAAUCGUUCGAUCCGUUUUCCCAUUCUAGUUGAUCGAGUUUGAAGAUUUUGAUUUUAUGGUGCAGCUGUGUAUUGGGCCAAAGAGGGUAAAGUGGCCACCGUGAAUCGUUGAGUCAGAUUAUACUUGUUUUGAAACAUCAACGAGCGAAAUGUCUUUUCAGCACAAAAGCUUCUGGAUGCUGCGGGAUGCUGGAUGCUUAGCUGAAGAAAAUAUGGGACUUGAGAAUUCUUCCAGAAUUGAACCAAAGCGAAGUCAUCAGUGGUUUAUGGAUAUAGGGGAACCAGAAAUAUUCAGCAACAAGAAACAAGCAGUUGAAGCUGUUAGUGGCAGGCCAGUUCCGGGAGUUUCACAUGUGAAUGUUACUCAAUGGGACACCAAUUCCGGAUUUCACUCAGCCACAGGUCAAUUUUCUGACCGUCUCUUUGGAUCUGAUCUUGUACAGACUGGCAGUUUGGUUGAUAAGAACAUGCCAUCAAUUGGAAGUGGAAAUCUGAAUGUAGUAAGGAAGGAUUUUGAGAAGCAAUAUUUUAAUGAUCCAUCUGUGGGCUUGUCAAUAUCUCAUCCCAUAGCAGACCCCUCAUCAUGUCUCAAUCUUGGUGGCAUCAGAAAAGUUAAAGUUAAUCAGGUCAGAGAUUCUGACAAUUGUAUGCCUUUUUACAUAGGGGACUCCUAUAGUAGGGCAGAUAAUAGUACAAUUUCAAUAGGUACUGGCUACAAUAAGAAUGAUGGCAACAUUUCGUUGGGCCCAACUUAUAACAGUGGAAAUGACUGUACCAUCGCUAUGGGUACCAGAAUAAGUAGGACUGAUGACAAUCUUGUUUCUAUGGGUCACGCCAUCAAUAAAGAGGAUGGGAGUUUUAUGUUGAUGGGGCACAAUUAUGGCAAGGGAGCCGAAAGCAUCUUAUCAAUGGGUCAGCCCUUUGACAGGGGGGAUGAAAAUUUCAUAUCAAUGGGUCAGUCAUAUGAAAAGGAAGGCGGCAAUUUGAUAUCUCUGGGUACCUCAUUUGCCAAGGGGCAUGAGAGCUUUAUGUCAAUGGGUGCAACCUAUAGUAAAUCAGGAGAAGAUUUCAUAACCAUUGCUCCUUCUUAUGACAAGGGCACUGAUCAUAUAAUAUCAAUGGGUCCAACAUAUGAUAAGGUGGAUUCAAACAUUGCAUCAACAGUUCCAUCAUAUGACAGAGGAGAUUCUAGCUCUUUACCUGUAGAUCAAAACCACAAUAAGGGUCAGAGCAGUACUAUAUCUUUUGGAGGUUUUCAUGAUGACCCUGAGCCAAAUCCCUCUGGUGGAAUCAUUAGUGGAUAUGAUCUGUUGAUGGGCAUCCAGAAUUCAGCUCAGGGUUUGGAUAGCCAAAAGGAUCUGACUGAGUCGAACUCUGAACCACCUGUAAAUAGCAUUCUAAAACCUAAUACUAAAAGUGAUACUAUCCUUAAGAACAAAGAGCCCAAGACAACUAAGAAGGCAACUCCUAACAACUUCCCUUCAAAUGUCAAAAGUUUGUUGUCAACUGGUAUUUUUGAUGGUGUUCCGGUUGAAUAUUACUCAUGGUCACGGGAGAAAAAUCUUACAGGAAUCAUAAAAGGAACUGGGUAUUUAUGCUCGUGUGAUGACUGCAAUCAGUCAAAGGCUCUUAAUGCAUAUGAGUUUGAACGUCAUGCUGGUGCCAAGACAAAACACCCUAACAAUCACAUAUACUUUAAGAAUGGAAAAACCAUCUAUGCUGUUGUCCAAGAGCUGAAAAACACUCCUCAGGAGAAGCUUUUUGAUGCAAUUCAAAGUGUGACUGGCUCCCCCAUCAACCAAAAGAACUUUCGUAUUUGGAAAGCAUCAUACCAAGCUGCUACGCGGGAGCUUCAGCGUAUCUAUGGAAAGGAUGAAGUUGUCAUACCAUCUUGAGUUUAAUUCUCUUCUUGGAAGUUCAGAACAAUGGUAGAUAUGUAAUCUGUUCAUAGCGAGUGAAUGGCAGCCUAAUAGUGUUUAAGACUAUUUGAAAUUUAAAAGUUUUAGCUGAUGCUUCUUGUAGGAACUUAAUUGAUUUAUUUAUGGAAAUGAGGAUGUCUUUUUUGUGGUUUAGCAUCAUUCUUUC